CUGGCAGCAGCAGCGAGGUGCGGAAGGAGAGCGGCGAGAGGCAGGAGCUGGGGGCGCCCGGCACCCACUGACCCCCCUCCUCAAUCCCCGGAGCCGCAAAGCCCCUCCCAGGCCAGCGCUCAGUAAUAAAAGGCAGGCGAGUCCCAGGCUGGCACUCGAGCCCUGAGAGCCUGACGGGAAAUUACCCCCCUUGGCGGGGGAAGGAAAGCAGGAGUGAAGAAGAGGAAAAGGAGGUGUGGAGAGAGCAUGGGGAUACGGGCUGCAGGAGGAGGGGGGCCCGCGCGCCUGAGGAGGCGGCUGCUCUUGCUGCUGGGGCUCUGCAGCUGGGCUGCUGCCCUCAGAGGAAAUGACAACAGUGAAGCCCUUCCUGAGUCUAUCCCAUCCGCUCCUGGAACAUUGCCUCAUUUUAUGCAGGAACCAGAUGAUGCUUACAUCAUUAAAAGCAACCCCAUUGCCUUGCGAUGCAAAGCCAUGCCCGCUAUGCAGAUUUUCUUCAAGUGUAAUGGUGAAUGGGUCCACCAAAAUGAGCAUGUCUCUGAGGAAAGCAUGGAUGAAAGUACAGGCUUGAAGGUUCGAGAGGUGUUCAUCAACGUGACAAGGCAGCAAGUGGAGGAUUUUCAUGGGCCAGAAGAUUACUGGUGUCAGUGUGUUGCGUGGAGCCAUUUAGGGACCUCAAAAAGCAGGAAGGCAUCAGUCCGCAUAGCCUAUUUGCGGAAAAACUUUGAACAAGACCCACAAGGAAAGGAGGUUCCUAUUGAAGGGAUGAUUGUUCUGCACUGUCGGCCACCAGAGGGAGUACCUGCAGCUGAGGUGGAAUGGCUUAAGAAUGAGGAGCCCAUCGAUUCCAACCAGGAUGAGAACAUCGACACAAGGGCAGAUCACAACCUGAUCAUCCGCCAGGCCCGUCUGUCUGAUUCUGGGAACUACACUUGCAUGGCUGCCAACAUAGUGGCCAAAAGAAAGAGCAUGUCUGCAACAGUCGUGGUGUAUGUGAAUGGAGGCUGGUCGUCAUGGACUGAGUGGUCUAACUGCAAUGUGCGGUGUGGCCGAGGCUGGCAGAAGCGAUCCCGGACCUGUACCAACCCUGCUCCGCUCAACGGGGGUGCAUUUUGUGAGGGAAUGUCAGUGCAGAAAAUUACCUGCACUUCACUUUGCCCUGUGGACGGUAGUUGGGAGGUGUGGAGCGAAUGGUCAGUCUGCAGCCCGGAAUGUGAGCAUCUGAGAAUUCGGGAAUGUACAGCUCCACCUCCAAGAAACGGAGGAAAAUUCUGUGAGGGCUUUAGUCAAGAAUCUGAGAAUUGCACUGAAGGGCUUUGCAUUCAAGAUAAAAAACCUCUUCAUGAAAUAAAACCCCAAAGAGUUAGAACUCUGAAUUCAACUCAGAAGAGAGACACCGUUCCUUCCCCUCACGGCAACCAGCAAUGGGCUUUGGAGCAACUCCCUUCCUGGAAGAACUCCCUCCACAGCAGAAGAGCCUCAGUCAAGACGAUACUGCCCCAAAACUUAUCCCAACAGAAACUAGAUAUUGAGAACGCCAGUGACAUUGCCUUGUACUCAGGCCUGGGUGCUGCAGUCAUUGCUGUAGCUGUGCUGGUAGUCGGCAUUACACUCUAUAGACGGAGCCAGAGCGAGUACGGUGUGGAUGUGAUUGAUUCAUCUGCGCUGACAGGAGGCUUCCAGACAUUUAAUUUUAAAACAGUCCGGCAAGGUAACUCCCUGCUUCUGAACUCAUCCAUGCAGCCUGACUUGACAGUGAGCAGAACGUACAGCGGACCCAUCUGUCUGCAGGACCCUAUGGACAAGGAGCUCAUGACAGAAUCUUCACUCUUUAAUCCCUUGUCAGACAUCAAGGUCAAAGUUCAGAGUUCAUUCAUGGUUUCCCUGGGAGUGACGGAGCGGGCCGAGUAUCAUGGAAAGGCACAUUCUGGAACAUUUCCCCAUGGGAACAACAGAGGCUUCACGACAAUACAUGCCAGGAACAAAACUACAUACAUUCAGAAUCUGUCAUCUCUUUCAACAAGAAGUGAGCUGAGAACGACUGGCAUUUUUGGCCAUCUGGGUGGUCGAUUAGUGAUGCCAAACACAGGAGUCAGUUUGCUGAUACCGCAUGGAGCUAUCCCUGAAGAGAGCUCAUGGGAAAUCUACCUUACCAUCAGUCAAGGGGAGUCCAGUCUACAGCCAGAAGGCACAGAAGUUCUUCUUGGUCCUGAAGUCACAUGUGGCCCUCCAGAUGUGACUGUCACCACUCCUUUUGCCUUGACUAUACCGCAUUGCGCAGAAGUAAAUUCUGAACAUUGGAAUAUUCACUUGAAAAGAAGAACACAACAAGGGAAAUGGGAGGAAGUGAUGUCCAUGGAAGAGGAAACUACUUCCUGCUACUGCCUAUUGGAUCCUUAUGCCUGUCACAUUCUCUUAGACAGCUUUGGAACUUACGCUCUCGCUGGGGAGCCCAUCUCUGACUGCGCAGUUAAACAGCUGAAAGUGGCAGUGUUUGGCUGUAUGUCUUGCAAUUCGCUGGAUUACAAUCUGAGAGUGUACUGUAUGGACAACACCCCUUGUGCAUUUCAGGAAGUAGUUUCAGGUGAAAGACACCAAGGAGGACAGUUGCUGGAGGAACCUAAGUUGCUGCAUUUCAAAGGGAAUACCUUUAGUCUUCAGAUCUCUGUUCUUGAUAUCCCUCCUUUCCUCUGGAGAAUUAAACCAUUUACUGCAUGUCAGGAAGUUCCUUUCUCUCGUGUGUGGUGCAGUAACCAGCAGCCACUGCACUGUGCCUUUUCACUGGAGCGUUACACUCCCGCAACCACACAACUGUCCUGCAAGAUUUGUGUUCGGCAAGUCAAGGGCCAUGAGCAGAUCCUACAGAUCCAGACAUCUAUUCUAGAGAAUGAGAGAGAAAUCAUCACAUUGUUUGCACGUGAGGACAGCAACUUCCCUGCACAAACUGGUCCAAAAGCCUUCAAAAUCCCAUACUCCAUUAGACAGAGAAUAUGUGCGACAUUUGACACACCCAAUGCUAAAGGGAAAGACUGGCAGAUGUUAGCACAGAAAAACAGCAUCAACAGGAAUCUCUCUUACUUUGCUACACAAAGCAGCCCAUCUGCUGUCAUUUUGGACCUGUGGGAAGCCCGACAUCAGCAUGAUGGUGACCUUGACUCUCUAGCCUGUGCCCUGGAAGAGAUAGGACGGACACAUUCCAAAAUCUCAAAUAUUACAGAAACUCAGAUCGAGGAGACCGACUUCAGCUACAGCAGGCAAAAUGGACUUUAGUCAUCUCUUUUCCAUUCAAGAACUGAUGGCCAGCUUUGACUUUGACAUUAGCGAAUUUCUACAAGCAGGGAGGAAAUAAGGGUUUUAUGCACAUUGCAUACAGGGAAUCAGACCUUCAUUUCUACCACCUGUUUUUUAUUUGGAGGAGCAGAAGAAACCCCAGAGUAAAUCACCACAGUAACAAGGAAAAUGCAAUCAUCUCUGUGACUCCACAAUCCUCCCAGAAUUAAAACUCAUGUGAGAGUAAUGAAAAUAGUCUACUUUUCUAUGAUUCCCAGGGGGUGAGAGGGUGGGGAAGCUAUAGAUGAUAACAGUAGAUGUUGUGACACUGUAUUAAAGAAACAGUAAUGCAACCCAGAGAAAAAUAAAGAAGGCAGUGAUGAUGCGCUAUGAUCAAGAAGUUAUUGAACAUUUAGAGCCAUUAGACUCUCUGGGUUUCAAGAUUUGACCACAUGGCUUCAUUCUCCAUUGCCUUGCACUUUGUCAAUUUACAAUUAAGAAGGUACAAAAUACGACCAUGCUGAUUUGGUAGCACUGUGCAUUCACUUUAUACUGGUGUAAGUGAACUCCAUAUAUUGCAGGGCUACAGAAAAUCAGACCCAGGGUAUUCAGCCAUCCAGGGAAUUAGAACCUGUACUGUUUCAUUUAUAUAGCCAAUCCGCUUCAAAAUUUGAUCAUGUAAUUAACACACAUAUUUGCUGCAGAAUUUUCCUGGCCCUUCUAAUAGCAAAAAGUCCCCCAAACUCUUAUGUGAAGUUGUUCCAAGUUUCAUGCAGUAAAAAGCAGCAUUUUUGUAACAACCAACUGCAGUACUGGGAAUAGCCACACCUGUUUUAGCAAAUUGGUACUUUUUUGCAUUGCUCCUAAUUUCAGGACUAAGCCUAAAAAGUCAAAUCAAGGCAGUGUAACUUUGGCCUGGUUUCAAGUGGAAAUAAUCAAAGUUACAAUGUUGGAUUUAUUGUUCCUGAUUGAUAGAAACCAAACCAAAGGGCACACCCAGAAAUUGGCCCACUUUCAUCCUAAAGGUUUUGUGCUCUGUGGCAGAGUUUCACAAUCUUAAUCUGAGCUCAGCAAUGUUUCCAUCUGGUUUAGUGAUGUUGACACCAACAACGAAACAGUUGAGAUAGGCUUUCCACCAUUCUCUUCACCCUGCCCCACACACACCCAAUAUCUUUUAAAAA